AUGACCAUUCUCGAAGAUCGUGAACGGUUCACGAUUCAUAAUGAGUUCAGAAGCGAUACUUUCACUUUACCCACGCAGCACAUGAACGAGGUGGUGCUUGAAAAACUCUCGCUGGGUUCCUUACUCAUGGGUGACUCAGUGUACAAGGAGGAUCCAUAUACGUUGGAGCUUGAACUGCGGUUUGCCGAGUUGACAGGUAAAGAGGCUGCGCUUUUCUGCGUUUCUGGAACAAUGUCUAACCAGAUCGGACUUCGAGCUGCUUUGCACCAGCCUCCAUAUUCCAUUCUUUGUGACCAUAGAGCCCAUAUUUUUUUGCAUGAAGCCGGAGGAACUGCUACGUUAUCGCAAGCCAUGGUGCAUCCUGUUAUUCCAGAAAAUGGCGAUUACUUGACGUUGGAUGAUAUUCUCGAGAACUAUACGCCCGAUGAUGGCGAUAUCCACGGCGCCCCUACAAAGAUUAUCAGUAUGGAAAACACUUUGCACGGAAUAAUCACCCCAAUUGAAGAGAUUCGUCGUAUUAGCGAAUUUGCUAGAUCUCAAGGUAUUUGGAUGCACUUGGACGGCGCUCGUUUGAUCAAUGCGUGUGUGGCAACCGGUGUUUCGCUUAAAGAGUACUGCCAGUACUUUGAUUCCGUCUCGAUCUGCUUAUCCAAAUCCUUGGGUGCUCCUAUCGGUUCCAUUCUCGUUGGUGACCGCAAAUUCAUUGAAAAGUCCAAUCAUUUUAAGAAACAAGCUGGCGGUGGUAUACGGCAGGCCGGUAUGAUGACCCUUAUGGCGCUUACGGCUUUGGAAGAUAACUGGGAUAAGAUUGCCAUUGCCCAUGACCUCGCCAGAGACGUUAGUGACUUUUGCAAGAAACACGAUAUUGCGUUGGAAUCUCCUAAGAACAAAAUGAACGACGCGUUACUCGUGAAGUUUGCAGAAAAACACGGCGUCAAGCUCAUGGGAGGACGUAUUGCCUUCCACUUCCAAUUGAGCGACGAGAGCGUCGAGAACUUGAAGGCUGCUUUGUACGAGUGCAAGCAAGACGCAUUGAAGAACCCUUACGAAGGCAGGCGGUGCAACAAGCAGAUGUACAAUGUCGACGUUAUCAAGAACUUUCAGGAGCUCAGCGUGGCUUCUCAACCUAAUUAG